AUUUGACUACUCUGCUACAGUGGCUAUUGAAGCUUUCUCGCCCAAGUUCAGACUUUUCUUACGAGCCUGCCUUGCUUUGAAGUUUUCGCCCCUGGCAUUACAAUGCUCUCCAACGCUCGUAUCAUCGCAGCGGGCUGUAUUGCUGCAGGCUCUCUCGUUGCUGCUGGGCCUUGUGACAUCUACUCCUCGGGCGGAACGCCUUGCGUUGCCGCCCACAGCACCACUCGAGCUCUGUUCAGCGCUUAUACCGGCCCGUUAUACCAGGUAAAGCGCGGCUCCGAUGGUGCCACAACCGCCAUAUCGCCCCUCUCAAGUGGUGUGGCCAACGCUGCCGCUCAAGAUGCUUUCUGUGCGGGAACUACAUGCCUCAUUACCAUCAUAUACGACCAGUCGGGUCGCGGCAACCAUCUCACCCAGGCCCCGCCGGGCGGCUUCAGCGGCCCGGAAUCCAACGGCUAUGACAACCUGGCUAGUGCAAUUGGGGCGCCGGUAACACUCAACGGCCAGAAGGCGUAUGGAGUUUUCGUGUCUCCAGGAACGGGGUAUCGGAAUAACGCUGCCAGCGGCACAGCCAAAGGAGAUGCCGCGGAGGGCAUGUAUGCGGUUCUCGAUGGUACACACUACAACGGCGCCUGCUGCUUUGACUAUGGCAACGCCGAGACCAACAGCCGCGAUACAGGCAACGGUCAUAUGGAGGCCAUCUAUUUUGGCGACAGCACUGUCUGGGGUACUGGCUCAGGCAAGGGUCCGUGGAUCAUGGCUGAUCUCGAGAACGGCUUGUUCUCAGGCUCCAGUCCCGGCAACAAUGCCGGUGAUCCGUCCAUCUCGUACCGGUUCGUCACUGCAGCGAUCAAGGGGCAGCCAAACCAAUGGGCAAUCCGUGGCGGCAAUGCUGCGUCUGGCUCGCUGUCAACUUUCUACAGCGGCGCUCGCCCACAAGUCUCCGGAUACAAUCCGAUGAGCAAAGAGGGCGCCAUCAUUCUCGGCAUUGGCGGCGACAACAGCAACGGCGCCCAGGGCACAUUCUAUGAGGGCGUCAUGACCUCUGGAUAUCCUUCCGAUGCAACAGAGAAUUCAGUGCAAGCCAACAUCGUAGCUGCCAGAUAUGCCGUCGCGCCGCUGACAAGUGGUCCUGCCCUCACCGUCGGUUCGUCAAUCUCUCUACGAGCCACAACAGCUUGCUGCACGACUCGCUACAUCGCUCAUAGCGGGUCUACGGUCAACACCCAAGUCGUCUCAUCAUCCAGCGCCACAGCCCUCAAGCAACAGGCCAGCUGGACGGUUCGUGCCGGCCUGGCAAAUAACGCUUGCUUCUCGUUUGAGUCCAGGGACACGUCGGGCAGCUACAUUCGCCACUCCAACUUCGGUCUUGUGUUGAAUGCCAAUGAUGGCAGUAAGCUCUUUGCUGAGGAUGCUACCUUUUGCACGCAGGCGGGCAUUAACGGCCAGGGAAGCUCCAUUAGAUCUUGGAGCUACCCAACGCGAUACUUUCGCCACUACAAUAACACGCUCUACAUCGCGAGUAACGGGGGCGUUCACGUAUUCGAUGCCACUGCCGCUUUCAACGACGACGUGAGCUUUGUGGUUAGUGGCGGUUUUGCUUAAGUCACCUCCCUUGCCAUGGGGUGAUGCGAACGUACCCGAUGUAUAUAGCGAAUCCACUCCUUACUGUGUGACCUACAUAUGGGGCAUUUGCAGGUAGAUAGCUGGUGUUUGAUCAGACCUGUCUGGGGGGCGAGGGGGAUUUUCUCAGUGGAGGUCAGACAAUCGUUUCUGUUGUGGCUAUUUGUACCUAUUUCAGGCUUUCGUUCGAAUACACCUAACGUAU